UGCAGCGCAUGCUUUGUAUCGCCUCUCCCACAGCUGCAGUGAAAACACCGGUGUCUCGCUCAAAUGUGACCGCAGCGGCGCUAGUUUUCAGCCUUCUUUCUGCCACGCUUUGAUUGCUUGACCAAAGGAUGUCUCGUCCUUCUCCAUCCCCCAUUUACACCCUGAGGGGGGCGGGCGGACCCCUUAACACACUUCACUUUAGCUGCCAAGGAGAGGGCACUCCCCUCCUGUUCUCUGGGUCAGGAAAGGGUGCCAUACAUAUCUGGAACCUGAACAGCAGGAGGGCAGAGAAGAUCAUAGAAGCUCACUCUGGUAACUCUGUCAUCUGGGUCAGCACACUGCAGUCAGCAGAUGCACUCAUCAGUCAGGGCCGGGACAUGCAGGUCUGCUGGUGGGACGUGAGUGAAGGUCGCAGUGAGCUGGUGGAGUCUGUGCGGACUGGCAGUGUUGGAUACUGUCAGUGCUCCCUUGUAGAGAUGAGCCCUGCAAAUUACCUUCUGGCCUACGCUGGGGAGCAGACGGAGGAGAUCAAGAUUAUCGAGCUGCCCAGUAAGACUGCAGUCUGCACCCUUGUGCCAGAAGAAAAGCUGGGGAUGGUCAUGUGUCUAAAACUGUGGCAGCCAGACUCGGGCUCUGGGCCUCUCCUGUUAGCUGGAUACGAGAAUGGCUCUGUGUUGCUGUGGGACGUAACCCAGAGGUCCAAGUUGAGCCAAGUCAAAGCCCACCCUGAGCCUGUCAUGUGCCUGACCUUUGACACCACAAGUCUGAGGGGCGUAUCGGGCUCCUCUGAGAAGACGCUCUCCUCCUGGAGGCUGGAUGGACAGAGCAACCUGCAGCUGCAGGACUGCGUGACGCUGGUCAACCCCGGGGUUUCCCAGCUGUGUAUCCGCAUGGAUCGUAAACUUCUGGCUUCAGCAGGUUGGGACCACCGGAUAAGAGUUUUUGGCUGGAAGAAGCUCCGGCCGCUGGCGGUACUACAGUACCACACAGACAUGGUGCUCAGUGUAGCUUUCUCUGACCACCGGGACCCCAGACAAAGAGUCCUGGCUGCUGGAUCAAAGGACCAGCGAAUCAGCCUCUGGUCAGUUUACAACGAGGGAACAGACACAGGCUGAGUCACUGAGCUCUGAGAAGAUUUACAGAUUUAUGAUCAAUACUACAUUCAUACAUUACAAUCAUGUGUGCUGAUACAAUAUGGAAAUAGAUUGUGCUUCUCAUGUACUGACAUUACAGUUGAGCUAUGAACAGCUACCUACUGACAACCACGUGAAACUCAGGAGUCCGUGUUUCACUCCUUAGCGCUGUACAGCUGCAGAAUUAAAGCACUUCAAUUCUUUUUGAUACAGAUUAAAUAAAGGAUCGUCUUCAUGGUCGGAAGAUGCCGGUGAAUACAUGAUCACAACUGAUUUCCAUGUUCAGUCUUUACAAGUUAGACCAACUGCAGCAUCUUAUCAAAGUUGUAUUGGUAUGUUCUGAUGUAUAUAUACUGAUUAUGUUUUUAUUUAUCUCUGAGAAUAGCGAGGAAGGGGUCAAUGUGAAAAUACAAAGAAAGUAUAUUGGUCUCCAAAAUAAAAUAAAAUCUUUAU